AUUGUCUGAUGUGCAUUUUUAAAAUUGAGCUGACGUGAUUAAGCAUGUGAGAAGAAUGUGACCAUUCACCUGACAGCUGUCCUACGCACAGCAGUAAAACGUGGAGUGGUAACCUCAAGUCACUUUUCAUACCCUGAUGUUUAUCUUAAUUUCCUGGAAGCAGACUUCUUAACAGCAUUAACGUUUUUAAAUCAAUAUUUGUGAAAUACAAUCUUGGAAUAGGUGCCCUAAAUUUAGACUCCUCACCCAGUGUCAGAAUUUGAUAGCUGUUUCCAAAGACUGUGCCGAGAUCUUCUUGCUUGGAGAGCUGCACAGUAUCAUUCUUUACAGGAGAUCGAAGCUCUUGUUGUUUUAAGCCCCUCUCUAGUCUCAGAAUAGUAGGACAGAGAGGUGGGAAAGUGAUGCAUCAGUGUUUGACAGGUGGGAGAUGCUGAGUGACCUUUAUUGGGUAGAAGUCAGGUCAUACAGGCUGACCGGGGAAGCUGUAGGCCCUGGUAUGUGACCUGACAGCUCUCCCAGAAACGGAUGCAGAUGAGUGCAAGAAUACAAAGCACCUAGAUUUUGUGUGUUUUAAUUGAGUGGUGUAACGUGUCUCUUUAACUCUACCGUGACUCUGUAUGCGUGUCACGGAUCGCUUCGUCACAGGCCUCGCAGUGCUCCGAGCGACAUGCAUCCAAGCGCUCCCUCCUUUCAUUGGCUCUCAUCUGCUGGCCUUCGAAAUCUCUGAUGUAGAAGACGCCUCCCUCGUCCAGUCCUCCUUGUGUAUGGAGGCUCCGGUGGGCCUGAAGGAGCGAAGUGACUGUCCGUCUGGAAUUCUCUCCUCAGCUCCAUUUGUUUUGCUUUAGUCGGGACUUUUAGUGAGAUUCUAAUAAUCUCCAUUUGCCGGGUCAGCAGGGAGACUUCCUGAACAAUGGUGUGCACUUGUGGUGCACUGGUGCUGUGAAGUAUUCAGUUGCAGAGAUGCUAUGACAGGUAAAUGUUGACUGUUUUGCCAGUGGCUUUGGUUUGGUUUCUCUGCAUUUGUCUGUUUGUUUUUUCCUAUUAUGCGUAAGUAUCUUGCAGCUGGUGUUUUGGCAGGGAGCUACUAUUUAUAUCAGAAGUUCAGAUUUGCAGUGUACAAGCCCCGUGGGUAGCGUGUUUCUCCAUACUUAAUUGCAGCUGCCUUCCUUUGAACAGUAAGAGUGAAUGAGUAAACGGGAGGCUAACAACCAACACUGACUACACUUCAAUUAUUGAUCUGGCAGGGCAUGGGUAGUGCCACGAAAGCACGCAGCUAGUGCACUCCUAUUUCACAGAGCCUUAAGGUUAAUAACCAUGCAUUAUUCACCAAGAAUUUGACCGCUGCUCUGUAUUCUUUGUCAGGCAAAAUGAUGUCUUUUAUUGUAAGAAAGACACAAUAGAAAUUAAGACAAGUUGAGCUCGGUUUUAGGGACAGACCUUGAGAUGUUGGAAGACAAACUUUAUCUAAAACAACCCCUGCUUACUCUGUCAUUCACAAAGUCUUCCACAGCAUAAAGGAUUUUCCCACCUCUUAUAGCUUAUAUAGUAUGAAACACUGGCACGCCGAAGGCUUGAGUUUCUGGGGGGUUGAAUAGAUGCACAAAAGGUAGGUUUAUCACAAAGCUAAUUUUAGGCCGUAGCAGUUUGAAUUGCAGCAAGCAGGAUGAUGAGACCAUCAGGUUUUGGUAAGUUGCAUGACCUCAUCGCCGAUUGCAGCACAGUUCUGUUGCAGUCAUACUUCUCUGUGGUUUGAGUUGGCUUGGCAAUGUUUCCACUACAUUGCCAAUAUUUCGAUUGACCCGUUAAGUUAUUGUCGCGGCAAAAUGUAUUUCUGCUGGUAAUGACAGAACCCCUGAAAAGGGUGCAAUGACAUCAUCACGUGAGGGCAAGCAGCUGAGCCUGACAGUGAUCAAUGGGCACUUUGUCAUGCAUUACUUUUCAGGGACUGGAAAAGAGUCAUGUGACGUGACUGUGGGGGAAAGAGAUCUAACAAAUGAUCCAAUUAACUGUGUGGAAAGUCUUACCUUGCCAGGCUUGCUGUGGUGUAUGAGUCGCACGCAUGGUGUGGAGGGAUGUCAGGAGAGAGAGGCCUAAUUGUUUGCAGUCGCAUAUCCUAUCUCUGGGUAGUCAGUGUCCAUGGAGACCCAUAGCUUGUAGGCUUUCAUGUUCUUUUUUGUAACACAUAAGCUUUACAUUUCUUCCCAGUUUUGGUUCAAAAGUGCUUCUGACUUGUUGGUUAAUGAAUGAUUGUUUCAGCGCCGGAGGCUUGUUUGUUCGUUUGUUUGCUUUGGCCACCACUGUCCCGGCACAGUGGACCAGAACGAAGCCAACUAAGCGUGAAUACACGAUUUCUCAGUCUUUCUGGCUGAAAUGGGUUAGGACUGGGGAAGACCUUUAAGGAGGCCUUUGGAAAAUCAAUAGUAGGCUAAAGUCAGUGUUAUUUAAAUGGAACUGAUAAGUUACGUUUACUACUUUGUUUGUUUGUUUGUUUACAUAAAUUAUGCACCAGUCUCACUCAGUAGUCAGGUUACUACAGCCAUCAGUGAGUGUCAUUAAGUAUAUUAUCCAUUAACUUUGGUAAUUCUCUAAGUCUUUAGCUCUCUUUGCUGUGGAAGGAAUUAAUGAAUCUCUAGCUCCCACAUUUCAUGAAGGUAAUGAGUAAUGGUGAUAAACAUUCAAAUGGUGAUAUUUCCUAAUGAUAUUUCCAUACUUGUAGGUAGAAUUACUAAUGUUUUAGAGAUGUUAAGCCCAGUUAAAUGCCAGGUCAAAGGUCACACUGAGUGUCAGUUCCACCCAACUGUGUUACAGUUUUAACGCAGUUGCAAACAUGACAGGACAUGCACGAGCUUCCCCAGGUAAAAAGGGGAGGGUAUCCCUGACUUUAUGCAUCAGAGAAACCUAAAUGUCAUGCAGGGAAAUUGAGGGGGAGGGAACUAGUUUUAUGUUCAUGCUGGAAAAUGUUUAACUUCAGAGAUGUCUGAAGGCAUCACUCGAAACCAUUUCAGCCGAUUGCUACUCUGCUCUCUUGUUGGGGGAAAGAACAGGCACAAUUUCUGAGCAAAUCAAAAUCCGACUUGGUCAAGGUGUAUGUACAGCGAGUGAAAGAGGGGGGCCUGGUUCCCCGUAAAAAACCGGGGCAAGUACAGACACCUUCAGCAUACCAGAGCGACCUUCCAGCUCAGCGACCGCCUCGCAGAAACAAAUCACCUCAAGGCGUGGAAGAACACGGGUGUUCCUGAAAUCUGCGGAACGCGAGCCAUUUUCAGGGACGCCCGUCCCCGAGAGCUGAAGGGCAUGUGGCUCCUCUGAAGUGGCUGGCUCGCCAUGAUGCGCCCCUGCCUUGCCGGGUGACGGCCUCGCCGGGUGACGGCCUCGCCGGGUGACGGCCUCGCUUACACUGACUUAUCGUAUUGUUUACACAAGGAUGACUGCACUGAAGGAAAUGGCAGAGAAAUGGCUGAGGGUAUUAUUGCCCUGGAGAGGAGGACAGACACCCCCCGGCAAAGACCCUAGACAAGAGGAGGAACGGCGCGUGAAAGCCAAUGACCGCGGCUACAAUGAAAAGUUUCUGUACGCUGACAAUCGCAUCAAAACAUCAAAGUACAACAUCUUCACCUUCCUGCCCAUCAAUUUGUUUGAGCAAUUCCAGCGUGUUGCCAAUGCCUAUUUCUUAUUUCUGCUCAUAUUACAGCUCAUCCCCCAGAUCUCAUCGCUGUCCUGGUUCACCACCAUUGUGCCUUUGGUGUUAGUGCUGACCAUCACGGCUGUGAAGGACGCCACGGACGACUACUUCCGUCAUAAAAGUGAUCAGCAAGUGAACACUCGCCAGUCUCAGGUACUCAUCAAGGGAAAACUACAGAAUGAGAAAUGGAUGAACGUCCGUGUGGGAGACAUCAUCAAGCUGGAGAAUAAUCAAUUUGUGGCUGCUGACCUGCUUCUCCUGUCCAGUAGUGAGCCUUACGGACUCUGCUACAUAGAGACAGCUGAGCUGGACGGGGAAACCAACCUGAAGGUGCGACAGGCUCUGUCAGUGACUUCAGAGCUGGGGGCUGAUAUUAGCAAGCUGGCUGAUUUUGAUGGGGAGGUUGUGUGUGAGCCACCCAACAACAAGCUGGACCGAUUUGUGGGGACGCUUACCUGGAAGAACAACAAGUAUCCCCUGGACAAUGAGAAGCUGCUGCUGCGGGGCUGUGUGAUGCGCAACACUGAGUGGUGCUUUGGGCUGGUCGUCUUCACAGGACCACAGACAAAGCUAAUGCAGAACUGUGGGAGGACAGCGUUCAAAAGAACCAGCAUCGAGAGGCUGAUGAACACUUUGGUGUUAUGGAUAUUUGGGUUCCUUCUGUGCAUGGGUGUCAUACUUGCCAUUGGGAACUCCAUCUGGGAAGAAAAGGUGGGCGGAAAGUUCCGGGUGUACCUGCUGUGGGACGAAGUGCUGAACGACGCCAUCUUCUCUGGGUUUCUGACCUUUUGGUCUUACAUAAUCAUCCUCAACACAGUCGUUCCAAUAUCCCUCUACGUCAGCGUGGAGGUGAUCCGGCUGGGCCACAGCUACUUCAUCAACUGGGACCGGAGGAUGUACUACAGAAGGCGGGACAUGGCGGCGGAGGCGCGCACCACCACGCUGAACGAGGAGCUGGGCCAGGUCGAGUACAUCUUCUCAGAUAAGACCGGCACCCUCACGCAGAACAUCAUGGUCUUCAACAAGUGCUCCAUCAACGGAAGAACCUAUGGUGACAUUUACGAUGAAUUCGGGCAUAAAGUGGAAAUCACAGAGAAAUCCCCCAGUGUCGACUUCUCCUUCAAUCCCCUGAGAGACAAGAAGUUCCGAUUCCAUGACCACAGUCUGGUGGAAGCUGUCAAGCUGGGUGACCCGGCAGUGGAGGAGUUCUUCAGGGUGCUGGCUCUGUGCCACACUGUCAUGCCCGAGGAGAAGAAUGAAGGGGAGCUGGUGUACCAGGCACAGUCACCAGACGAGGGAGCCCUGGUGACUGCCGCUCGCAAUUUCGGCUUCGUCUUCCGAGCCAGAACCCCGGAAACCAUAACGCUGUACGAAAUGGGAAAGCAUUCCACCUACCAGCUUCUGGCCAUCUUGGACUUCAACAACAUCCGCAAGAGGAUGAGCGUCAUCGUCAGGAACCCAAAGGGGCAGAUCAAGCUGUAUUCAAAGGGAGCUGACACCAUCCUGUUCGACAGACUGGCUCCGUCCACUGAAGACCUCAUUUAUACUACCUCAGAACACCUGAACGAAUUUGCUGGAGAGGGCCUGAGAACGCUGGCUCUGGCCUACAAAGACCUGGAGGAAGACGUCUUUGCAGAGUGGAUGGUGAGGCUGCACGAGGCCAGCAUUGCGCUGGAGAACCGCGAGGAAUGCUUGGCCUUGCUCUACGAGGAGAUCGAACAGGACAUGACACUGUUAGGCGCUACAGCCAUAGAGGACAAGCUUCAGGAAGGUGUAGCCGAGACCAUCGCCUGCUUGACUCUGGCCAGCAUUAAGAUCUGGGUUCUCACAGGAGACAAACUAGAGACAGCCAUGAACAUCGGAUACUCCUGUAACAUGCUAAGGGACGAGAUGAGUGACGUGUUCGUGAUCACCGGGCACACGGCCCUGGAGGUCCAGCAACAGCUCAGGACAGCCAAGGAGAAGAUUCUUGGCCCCACCCGGGAGAUCGUUAAUGGCGAGAAAGACGCGGAAAAAAUGGACCUUUACAGGAAUGACUCCGUCUUUGAAGAAACUAUCACAUCAGAGUAUGCAUUAAUCAUAAACGGCCAUAGCUUGGCCCACGCCCUAGAGGCUGAUCUGGAGCGCCUCCUGCUGGACACAGCCUGCUUGUGCAAGACCGUGGUUUGUUGCCGUGUGACGCCCCUGCAGAAGGCCCAGGUGGUGGACUUGGUGAAGAGACACAAGAGGGCUGUCACGUUGGCCAUAGGGGACGGCGCCAACGACGUUAGCAUGAUUAAAACGGCCCACAUCGGUGUGGGCAUCAGUGGGCAGGAGGGCAUGCAGGCCGUGCUGGCUUCAGACUACUCCUUCGCCCAGUUCCGCUACCUGCAGCGCCUCCUGCUGGUACACGGCCGCUGGUCCUACCUGCGCAUGUGCCGCUUCCUUUGCUACUUUUUCUACAAGAACUUUGCUUUCACCCUGGUGCACUUCUGGUUUGGCUUCUUCUGCGGCUUCUCUGCACAGACCGUAUAUGACCAGUGGUUUAUCACACUCUUUAAUAUAGUCUACACUUCCCUGCCAGUUCUUGCUAUGGGACUGUUUGAUCAGGACGUGAACGAGCAGAACAGUCUCCGGCACCCCAAGCUGUAUGAGCUGGGCCAGCUGAAUGUGCUGUUCAACAAGCGUCAGUUCUUCAUGUGCACCCUGCAUGGCAUCUACACCUCCUUCGUGCUGUUCUUCAUUCCCUACGGGGCCUUCUCCAGCAACGUCAGAGAUGACGGCUCCCACAUCGCAGACCAGCAGUCAUUUGCUGUCACCAUAGCGACGUCCCUGGUGAUCGUUGUGAGUGUCCAGAUUGGACUCGACACUAAUUACUGGACUGCUGUGAAUCAUUUCUAUGUAUGGGGGAGCCUGACUAUUUACUUCUGUAUAUUGUUCGCUAUGCACAGUAAUGGUAUUUUCACCAUAUUCCCAAGCCACUUCCCUUUUCUUGGCACCGCACGGAACACCCUGACCCAGACAGGUGUCUGGUUGGUUAUUCUCCUCACCACUACAGUGUGUGUCAUGCCCGUCCUGGUUGUGCGAUUUCUGAGAACUGACCUCUACCCAACUAUGACUGACAAGGUGCGCCACACUCAGCAGGCCAGCAGGAGGCAGCGUCCGCAGGAGCAGAACCUGAAGCGCGUGCGGCGGACCAGCUCGCGCCGGUCGGCCUACGCCUUCUCCCACCAGGAGGGCUACGGGGAGCUGAUCACGUCGGGGAGGAACAUGAAGGUGGCCGUUCCCGUCUUCAGUCUCCUGAGGAAGAGAGGGGAUCCAGCUACAGGCACCACAGUGGUAGCCUGGAGCAGUGGCUCAGGAACCAGGGAAAGCGAGAACACCCAGGGCCAGUAAGGGAGCACUCAGACCCUGGAGGCAUCCAGAUGGAAACACUGAGUCCAGCUCAGUUUCUGAGGAGUAUUUGGGCAAUACUUUAACUCCUUCUGGCCACUGUGUUUAUGCUAUUGCAAGUGCUGCACAAAUAGCCCAGCAUCCAUUUUUAAAGGCAAGCAUUUGAUCCAGGUGUUGCACUGUAAAAUACUGGGAAGAUUAUUGCCACAUUUUCAAAACAAUGCAUUUUGAGUACAGUGAAUGGUGUCAUACUGGUGGUUCUCCUACCCGAGGCUAGAUGGCUGUAAAGUGUGUGUGGCCAGUUCGGUUUUAUUUGGUCAUGUGACCACUGGUGUGAUAUCUUUGCUGGACAUGGCUGUUGGCAGACAGCAGAGUGUACUGUAAAUAAUUUUCACCAAACUCAGCUAAUGAGCUACAGUUGUCAGACUGGGUACUUCAGGGGAACACACUAAACAUCUGGAAAGAGUUAAGAGUUAAGUCAAUACAACUGAAAGUUAGAGGAUACCGCUUAAAGAAGGCCUCUCAGCACAACUAAUAUCAUAAUAAAUUGCCUUUGUAAACAUUUUUAUCUUCAAAAAUACACUAUUUUGUCAGCUUUUGCAGAUGGCCAGUGUUGUCGGCAUAAUAUUUUUACUCCAUGCCAAUCGGUCUGGUUUACUGCUUCCUGCCCCGGUGAUAAACGAACGAUCGCUGAGCACACAGAGAUACAAAUCGGCAAAAACAUAAGAAGGAUCUCGAAGGGACUGCAGGCUGCCUUGGGACACACCUCCAGCUGGUUCCCGAAGGCUAAAAGUCCUGGAACGUCACUCUGUGUGAACAUCGGUGAGAAGCUGCUCCCUGCACGUAUCUGUGUGUGUGGGGGGGGGGGGGUCAUAUGCUGCGUGUCACUGCAUCACAUGGGGAAAGUCGUUUUUUACUCUUUACUAUGAGCCUUACUAAAGAGCAUAGAUCUCCGCCAGUGAGUAUCCCACAUGUGAUGAUGGCUUAUUCUCUCAGUGUUUUACAAAGGAAUGUGUAACGUUCUGUUGCCCUGAUACUGUCCCUUGUGAAUGGAAAAUGUCAGCUAAUUGCAAAUCCACCAUUGAUUGUACAUACCUGCAUGGGUUUAUAUAUUUAUACAUAAAGUGCCACUUUUUAUAACAUGAUGAAAAAUGUAUGUAAUUUCGUUUAUUUAUUUUUUUAAAUGAUUUAUUUGAACUGAGGCCUUCCCUGUUUAAAUGGAAUACAUGUGUGUAUAAUCAGAA